GGGCCUGGCGCGAGCGCGCGGAGGCGUCGGCGUCAGGGACGCGCGCGCGCGCGCGGCGACAGCGCCUUCACUUCUGUUCGGGCUGCGGGGGCAGGAGCGGCGGCGGUCGAGGUUGUGCGGGCAGCGUCCUCCGUUCGGCUCGGAGAGGGGAAAAAGGGCAGAAAGAAGAAAGGGAGCGCAGCGGGCGGGCGGCAGGCAGCGUGGGGCGGGCUCAUGACUCAGUGAGCGGCCGCUGCCCCCCGCCAGCCCCUCGCCCGGCCGCAGCCGGGGCCGCCGUUACGGAUCGUCCCACCGCCCGCGCCCCGCGCCAGCCGGAGAGCUCCGCUCGCAGUGCAGCAUCUGCCAUGUCUGCGGAGGGGCAGAGAGUUGAUGACAGUCCGAGCACUAGUGGAGGCAGCUCUGAUGGAGAUCAGCGCGAAGGUGUUCAGCCCGAACAAGAAAGGGAACAAGUUCAACCCAAGAAAAAAGAGGGCAAAAUAUCAAGCAAAACAGCUGCUAAACUGUCAACCAGUGCUAAAAGGAUUCAGAAAGAACUUGCAGAAAUUACAUUAGACCCUCCUCCAAACUGUAGUGCUGGACCCAAAGGAGACAACAUUUAUGAAUGGAGGUCAACUAUACUGGGACCUCCAGGGUCAGUAUAUGAAGGUGGAGUUUUCUUCCUUGACAUUACCUUUUCACCGGACUAUCCCUUUAAACCACCUAAGGUAACGUUCCGGACAAGGAUCUAUCACUGUAACAUUAACAGCCAAGGCGUCAUCUGCCUGGACAUUUUGAAAGACAACUGGAGUCCAGCAUUAACCAUUUCUAAAGUUCUCCUCUCCAUCUGCUCCCUCCUCACAGACUGCAACCCGGCUGACCCCCUGGUUGGAAGCAUUGCCACUCAGUAUAUGACUAACAGAGCAGAGCAUGACAGAAUGGCCAGACAGUGGACCAAGCGAUACGCCACAUAGGAACCUCCUCUAGGAUUUGCUGGACCUGUGCAAGCACAUUCACUAAGUGCUUCAAUAGCCCUUCCCUUCAUUCUUAUUUUUUAAAUUUUGAACCUUUUCUUUUUUGUUUUCUUUUUAUUUUUAUUUGUUUGGGGGUUUUUUUGUUCUGUUAACUUGAAAGCUGUUUCCCUCAAAUGUAGACAGGGAAUUUUGGUUAUCAGUGCAAAGAAUGUUGGAUCUGUAAUAGUAUAGAGCUUUGUCACGAAGCUUUGUAUUAAUGUGUGUUUUUUUUUCUUUCAUGUGUUUUUUGGGAAAACAAACAAAUUCAGAGUUAUAUCUCGUUUCUACUUAAAUGUAGUGUUUAGGGUUAUUUUUUUGUACUGAAGUCUUUAAUGGUGGGUGCAUGCUACUGGGAACAAGUUUUGUAUAAAAGCUUAAAAUCAAGAAUCACUGUGCAUUACUAAGACUGUGUUUAUCACUAGCCUUCUGUUUCCCACACAAAAGGCUACUGCAUUGAACAAAUUAAUAUGUAUUUUGAUUUACUUAAAAGAAAAGUGCUUGUAAAUUUCUUAGGGACCUGCCACUUUUGACUGUGGAUCAGUUGAUGUACACUUGUAUUAUUAAAGCACUCAAUAAAACACUGUGGCUGAUAAA